AUCGUUACGAGCCUCUUCCACUUCGACCAGGUCCUGUGAAGGAAAUCUGGAUGAUUCAAAUGGCCUACCCCCCAUCCAAGGUAACGCAUCAUCACAUCUCUGUCUACGAACCUGCGCAAGUGCAAAAACAGCAAAGAGAUAGGGCGCAAUGGCGUUAUGCAUCGACGUCAUAGCCGGCUCCACCUCCGAGACUAAUGCACAGGAAGCUGCCUUUAUUAGCAGUGCGCGACGCGAUUCAAUACGACGCAUCGAGUCAUCAAUGGAUUCCAGAGAACAAACUUGUUGUACACCACGAGCGGUGAUGGCGCGCGCCGACCGACUCCACCUAUGCUACACCUUUAAACCACGCUAAAGGUGCGUCUGCUUGCUCACCAUCAUGAUGUCUUUCACCCGCGCACCCCCGGUCUGUAUCUCCCUCUGCUUGUAAACCUCGUAUUGUCGCAAACAGCGCAAGAGGUCUGGACUCGGCGCUCGUCAACAUGAAGAUUGUGUCGCUACUUCCCUGGACAAUCCACCUUGACGCCGUCGCCAUCUCUCGUCCUCACCAGACCCUCCAUUUGUUACGUAGCUACACUCGUACGGUUCUCUUGAGCUUGAGUACAUUCAUUGCUGGUGAUACAAAGGAUCCAGGACAAUUCUCUCACCGCCAGUUUUAUCAUGAGCUCGUCGGAUCUGGUAAGUCUCUCGUGAAUAAUAAGAUGGAUGAAUCACUUGUAUGGUGAAACGAACAAAUAUUCCUUUGCAGCUCCUCUUCGGAUCAAGAUGCCAAGCCGGAUACAUCAGCUGGGAUACCCCAGAAACAAGCGCAAGAACAGUGAGCGAGGCUUCAGCGCUUCAGCAGAGCUCAGAGAGGGGCAAGCGCGAUCAGAACACGGAGGGCUGAGGAGUUCACAGUGUAGUUUAGUAGUAUUUGUGCAGGCCUCGUUCAAAGUCAUUGAAUA